CUUCCUCAUCACCGUUUUUGAUUACGCGUCGCGUCGCGUGUUAUUUUCGCUUAAAAGUGCGUAAAUUUGGUUAAAAACUGCUCAAAAACUGUGCAAAAGUGAAGUUCGCGAUCGCGAUUAGUGGAAAAUAUUCGAGUUUGUUGGAAAUUCGUGUGGAAUGACGCGAAAAAGUUGAUUUGAAAAAGUGUUAUCACGGGGCUUCGGGUUUUUCUUGCUUGGUUGGGUGAGAGGUGGGGGAGGGAGAAGAAGAAGAAGAACGAUUUUGAGUAGGUGCGUGUGUUUUGGUGGGUUGUUUUGACAGAAUAAUAAAAACAAACCUCGUUGAGGAAAGAUGUCGGAGCGUUACACGCACCAGCUGCUGAAGGUGGUGGUGGCGCAGGUGUGCCAGACCAUCGGGUGGCACUCGAUCCAGUCGACGCCGCUGGAGCUGUUGAUCGACAUUCUGGACCAGUACCUGCGGGACAUAACGCGGUUGACGCACCGUUACUCGGAGUUGUACAACCGGACGGAUCCGAACUUGGACGAUGUGGCGCUGGCGUUCCGCGAGAUUGGGAUGAAUUUGGGGGAGCUGCAGGAGUACCUGCAGUUUGUGGAUCCGAUCGAGAGGCCGUUUGAGGUGCCGCGGUAUCCGCUGCCGAAGGAGAGUCAUUUGAACUUUUUGAAGCCGGGGAGUAAGGAGGUGCUGACGCGGCCGGUUCACAUUCCGGAGCACAUGCCGCCGAUGCUGGUGGACUCGGAGGAGGAGCAGGAGGAGGCACGGCGGAGGUUGUUGCGGUUGAGGAGUGAGGUGAGGGGGGAGGUGGAGGAUGGUGGGGAGGUGCAGGAGGAGGCGGACUUUGGCGGGAUGGUGGUGGAGAAGAUGGAGGAGGUUGGGGCGGAGGAGGUCGCGCUGAUGGAGACGAGUCAGAGCGAGGAGGUUGUCACGUUUAAGCGGCCACCGGAGGUGGUGGUGAAGAACGAGGAGGGGAGACCGACGCGGGAGAUUAGCAGCGUGAUUAUGACGACGUCGGGGUUUAUAUCGCCGGCGCGGGAAGGGAAGUUGCCGGACUCGAAGAUUCCGGAGAUUCCGGAGGAGAAGCCGAAGUUGCCUCCGCCGCCACCGCCGGCGCCGGCGCUGCCGGUGGCCAAAAUGGACGAGAAGUUUGGCGGGAAGAAGGGCAAGAAGCGACCGGCUGAGAAGGAGAAGAAGAAGGACAAGAAGGGGGACAAGAAGAAGGAAGGGGGUGGGGAGUCGAGGCCGGCGAGCCGGCCGGCUACGCCGAGCAGCGUGAUCGAGGACAUUAAGCCGCUAGUGGAAACGGUGCCGGAGGAGAUACCGCAAGAAGUGGCUCCGGUUUUGGAUGUGAAACCUCCGCCGGAGACGUUGGUGCCUCCGGCACCGGAGGUGCCACCUCCGGUGCUUCCACCGCCACUUCCUGAAACACCAAGCAAGAUUAAAAAGGAGAAACCUAAGCGGAAGAAACCUCCGUUGAAGUCCCCUCAACCUCCGCCGCACAUGAUGAUGAACAGUCCGUUGAUGGACGUGGGACUGUUCCCGCCGCAGAUGCCGUUCCAGCAGUCUGCGCCACCCCCUCUAAUCCCGCCGAUGGCCCUCAUGAACCAGAUUACGCCGCCAAAACCGCCCAAGCCGAAGCGCCCCAAGUUCACCAAGAAGCAGCUGAUGCAGCAGCAGCAGCAGCAGUUCCAACCGCCGCUCAACGCGCAAAACAUCCUGGACAUCAUGACCGGCAACUCCGGCGCCAAAAUGCCCCCGAAUCUGUUCUCCCCGACGGCGCAACCGCCGUCCCUCUUCCCCCCACAGCAGCAAUCCCAGCUCAACGCGGCCCAAACCCAGCUGGACAUCCUCCAGAAGUUGCACCCCAGCCUGGAAAUCACUCCGGCCCCGGGCCCACCCUCCCUCGAGAAACACAAACUCAACGUGUUCAAAAAGGUCGCCAAGACCAAGACCAGCCCCAACCCUCCGCCGACCAGCUCCGGCCCGAUCAUCGUCAUCGACGACGACAAGAGUCCACCCCACCAGCCCCAAUUCCCCGUCACGCCGAUGGCCAAGAAGCGCACCAAGAACAACACCCCCUCAACGGGCGGCUUCCAGUUCCAGGACGCGCUCUCCUCCCCGGACUUUGGCAUGAACCCGGAGCAGCCGACCUCGUCCUCCUCCUUCCGCGAGUUCUCCCCGCCCAAGACGCCCUCAAACAUGCCCAAAACGCCCGACAUCAAGCUGCAGUCCAGCUCCAGCUCGUCCACCUCCUGGAUGAGCGACUCCGGCAAGCUGGGCGGCGGCCCCGGCCCACUCUUCGGCGACUUCCCGCCCAACUUCGGCGGAAUGCCCCUCCCCAAGGAGGAAAAGAAGAAGAAGCCGCGCCAGCGACCCGUCAAGGACGUCCCGUCCAAAAAGUCCAAAAGUGCCCAGCUCAUGGACGACAUGCUGCAGCAGUUCCAACAGCAACAGCAACACCCCCUCCCCCCCGUCCUCCCCGGCCUGGACAAGAAGCAACUCUCCGAGUACAGCAAACUCCUCAACCAGGCCAUGCCCCCUGGCGCGGCCGCCCUCUUCAACAACCCCGCCGUCCGCAACCCCAUGUUCGGCAUGUUCCCCCUCCCCUCCGGCCCCGGCCUCAUCCCGGACAACCCCCUCUUCGGAACGUUCCCCGGUCAACCCUCGUUCCUCCCAACCCACCCCUUCGGCCUCCCCCCCAUCCCACCCCGCUUCGACCUCAACAUGCUCCGCUACCCCCGCCCCCCCAAACCAACCCCCCCGGAAUCCUUCGACAACCUGGACCCGGAAACCAAACUCGCCCACACCCCGCUCGACCUGCAGAAAAGCACCUGCAACGUCGCCCCGCUCGUCCCGCCCUCCCUCCAAAUCGACGACCAACCCCCCCAAGAGCAAUCCCUGAACCUCUCCACCAAACCGUCCGUCAUCACGCCGAACCCAACCCACGAACCAAUUCAGCCGGUUCAGCAACAGCUGGCAGCACCCGCCCCGAAUGUCCCACCGAUCGCGCCCGGUGAAACGAUCGUCAUUGGGUCCGACUCGGAUACCAACUCGCAGUCGGAGCAGAUUCCGAUGGGGGGUGGUGGCGCGGGCGAUGGUGGGUUGGAGGAGCAAGCGGGAGAAGUGAUGGGUUCUGGCAAGAAGGACAAGUCGGAGAAGAGGAAGAAUAAGGAGCACAAAAAGGAUCGGAAGAUGAAGGAGGGAAAGAUCAAGAAGAAGAAGGACAAAAAGGAUAAGAAUCGGAGCAAGGAGCGCGAGCGGGAGAGGCCAAAAUCCUCCCACUCGUUCCACCUGGACACCCCUGGAACUGUUUCCGAUUUCGGCGUUGCCGGUCCCAGCAUCACCACAACCGGCGGCCCCAGCAGCUUCACCUCCCGGACCAUCACUCCUCCACCCUCCGCCACCGUCAUCCCGGCCGGCUUCCUCAUCGAUCCGAACGCGACCGGACUUCCGGUCAAUCCAAUCCCGCCGUCGGUGGUCCAACCACCAGCCCCUCCGCCGCCGGCACCCUCGGACCAACCGGACGUGGCCACGCUGGAGGCGAUCCGCCGCAAGGAGAAGAAGGAGAAAAAGAAGGAAAAAAUGAAGAAGGAGAAGCGCAAGGAGAAGGAACGGGCUGCGGCCGCGGCCGCCGAGCUGGGUGGCAUGCUGGGGUCUCCGGUGGUGGUUCCGGUUGGUUCCAGCGGGGGCUCCGACUAUGCGGACGGGUCGCAGCCUUCGGCGGUUCCCAAGUUGAUGCUGAAGCUUGGGCCGGGUUCGCGCGCUGGAACGCCGGAAGUGCACCAGCAGCAUCAGCCGGAAGUUGGUGGGGAGUCGAAGCGGGAAGCGUCGCCGGAACUGGCCCGGAUAUCGGCGCUGGUGACGCGGCCACCCAAGCUGAAGACGCCAGGCAGCGGCAAGAGUGGCGGGGGCAAGUCCAAGGAGGACGAACCGAAGGUCGGUUCGAAAUCCGGACUCGAGAGCAAGGCCGCUGGCAAGUUGGACUUUUCCGGAGAUGCGGCCAAGCCGCGACCUCGUGGCAUCCAGGCGCUCCCGGACACGAUCGAUCUGUUCUCGGUGACGCCAAGCGUCGCGACCCCCUCCAAGAUUUCCCCGCUGGCACCGACCACCAUCGUUCCGGGACUGGUCCCGGGCGUCGCCACUUCCGGCACCGACCUAACGCCACAUUCCUCCAAGAAGCCUCCGAAGGCAAAAUCCUCUUCGAAAUCCGCACCGUCAUCCUCGAUCGUCCCCAGCGGGGUGGCCAUUCCGGCCCCGCUCAGCACCCCAAUCACGCAGCUCAAGGAUGCCGACGGGAACGUGGUGUGGAUUUGUCCGGCGUGUGGUCGCGUCGACGAUGGGACGCCCAUGAUCGGGUGCGACGGGUGUGACGCGUGGUACCACUGGGUUUGCGUCGGGAUUCAGGUGCCGCCGGACUCGAACGAGGAUUGGUACUGUAGGGUUUGCAUUGGAAGGAAGCAGCACGGGGGGGAUGUCGAGAGGCAGAAGAAGAGGAAGAAGAAGGAUAAGAGGAAUCCGAAGGAUUAGAGGCAAUGAUUUGCUGGGUAAUAAUCACACUUUCAUAAAAUAUUAAUUGUUGUAAGAAAUUGUGCAGAAGAUUUGGAAUGUACAGCAAUUUCAAACAUGAGCAUGAAAUAAAUUAAACGUAAU